AUUUGUUUUUUUUUUUUAUAAAAAAAAAUUUGGGGUUGAAUCGAAGAUUUUGAAAUCUUCAAACUGCCGUCUAGUAGUUAGUUAGCUCAGUUGGUACAGAGGAAGGAGAGCUCGGAAACGCGGCGGUUUUGGUGGCGGAGGGAAUGGCGAUGGCCGGCGACACAACGUGGGUCGGGAAGAAGCCGCUGAGGCGAAUCGGAGGGAUGUCCGACGCUCUCUCCAUAGCAUCCGAUCUCGGCUUCUCCGUCGCCCCUACCCCUUCCCAGGAAGAUCUUCAAAAUUUAUCGACAAGCAGCGGGGAGAAGGGUGAUGACUUGAUAAGAGUUCUCAGAGAGCUUACUGCUGUGCAAAGAAAGAUUGCAGAUCUGCAGGUGGAACUGCAAGGUCGAAAGGAUGAUAAGAAUGUUGCGCAUUUAACUCAUGUGAGUGAAAUGCAAAAGAAGAUUGAGACUCUGGCAAAAAUAACAACCAUAUUGAAAGAUGUUAUUCAGAAUAAGGAUAGAAUUAUAGCUCGGCUUCAGCAACCGUAUUCCUUGGACUGCAUUCCAGUGGAAGCAGAAUAUCAAAAACAAUUUUCUGAAUUACUGAUGAAGGCUGCUAGUGAUUAUGGCGCCUUGACAGCCUCAGUUUCUGACUUUCAAUGGAGCCAAAACUUCAAGGAGCCUCCUUCAGUUUGGGGGGAAAUGCUCCGUCCCAUUCCCGUCGCUUUAGCUUCCUGCACCCGAUUCUUUGAAGCCAUGUCAGCUAUGAGAGAAUCCUUCGCAACCCUGCAAAAGCUGAGAGUGGGCCACUUGUCUCCCUCCGUUCCAGCAACACCCAACUCGGAACCUCCCGAGAAGUCAAUAGGGGAUUCUUCUGACUGUGUAACUCCGCCAGCAUGGAGGAAUGAGUCAAGUUUCGACGACCUAGCCUUGAGGAGCCACAGAGGGCAAGAAACAGGACGGACCGGAAGUGAGGAUGGGAACAGCGAGGUGAGCGAGGGGAAUCAGGUAGAUGGGACGAGCCACAGGCGGCUCUCUUGGCCUCCAGUAAAGAAGGUCGGGAUUUAGUUGAAAAGGUCAGUGCACUUCAUUUGCUCGUAAGCACUUGUCUGAAACUACCCUUGUGCAGUUUGUAGUAUAUAAUGUCUUGAGCAUCAUAAUUUAAAUGACCAUCUGAAUUACACAUGCCUGGAUGUUGGGCUUGUGUCUCUUUGUGUGUGUGUAAUUCUCGUCCCAUGUUUGUUGAAUUACACAUGGCUCUGUUCCGUGUUAGAUUGAGGACAUGCUGGUGAAUUCGAUAAAGGUUCUGCAUAAAUGUAAGCAACCACUCAUUGGCAUGUGCUGUAAUUGCACCGAUCGACGUGCCUAGGGAAAACAGAAAGAGAGCACUCGUUUCAUAGGAA